GCUCGCGCACAUACGGAGUGAUUUUCCUGAACCGCACGCGAGCUUAUCAUAACGCCACGCUUCCGCUCGGCUCAGCCAAUCAGAGCGAGGUGCGCCGCAGCUUAUAAACCCAUCUGCUGCCGAGCCUUUCCGUUCACCGUCCCCGCUGUCCUAUGAAUCACUGACCCGAGCUGCAUACCCUGAUCUACCGCAACCGUGAAGAUGGCGGCCCGGGUCGUAAUAUUUUUCAAGACCAUGCAAGCGGCACGAUGCCCCACAGAUGAGCUGUCGCUGACUAAUUGUGCCGUGGUGAGCGAGAAGGAUCUGCAGUCAGGACAACAUGUGACUGUGAAGACCACGCCCAACCACAAGUUUGUGUUUACAGUCAAGACCCACCACACUGUGGCACCUGGAAGCAUCGCCUUCAGCCUGCCACAGAGGAAAUGGGCCGGACUCUCCAUUGGUCAGGAGGUGGAAGUGUCCAACUACAACUUUGACAAGUCAAGGCAGUGCAUCGGCGCCAUGACAAUCGAAAUUGACUUCCUGCAAAAGAAAAGUACCGACUCUUCCCCCUACGACUCAGACAAGAUGGCCGCCGAGUUUAUCCAACAGUUCAACAACCAGGGUUUCUCUGUUACCCAGCAGCUCGUGUUCAGUUUCUGCGACAAGCUGUUUGGCUUGAUGGUGAAGGACAUCGAAGCCAUGGAUGCCAGCAUCCUCAAAGGAGAACCAGCCUCCGGGAAGAAACAGAAGAUCGACAUCGGGCUGAUGGUGGGCAACAGCCAGGUGAUUUUUGAGAAGGCGGAGAGUUCAUCCCUCACACUAGUUGGAAAGGCAAAGACCAAGGAGGCGAGACAGACAAUCAUCAACCCAGACUGGAACUUUGAGAAGAUGGGAAUUGGAGGUCUGGACAGGGAAUUCUCAGACAUUUUCCGCAGAGCCUUCGCUUCCCGAGUCUUCCCUCCAGACAUCGUGGAGCAGAUGGGCUGUAAACACGUGAAGGGCAUCUUGCUGUUUGGACCUCCUGGCUGUGGUAAAACACUGAUGGCCAGGCAGAUCGGCAAGAUGCUCAACGCCCGUGAGCCGAAGGUUGUAAACGGCCCAGAGAUCCUGAACAAGUAUGUGGGAGAGUCCGAAGCCAACAUCCGCAAACUGUUCGCCGAUGCAGAGGAAGAGCAGAAGAGGCUGGGAGCCAACAGCGGCCUCCACAUCAUCAUCUUUGAUGAACUGGAUGCCAUCUGCAAGCAGAGAGGCACGGGCGCCAGCAGCACGGGCGUGCACGACACCGUAGUCAACCAGCUCCUGUCUAAGAUCGAUGGUGUCGAGCAACUCAACAACAUCCUGGUCAUCGGAAUGACCAACAGGCCUGACCUGAUAGACGAUGCCCUGAUGAGGCCCGGCAGGUUUGAGGUCAAGAUGGAAAUCAGUCUCCCUGAUGAGAAGGGCCGUGUCCAGAUCCUGACCAUUCACACCAACAAGAUGCGAAGCUUCAACCUGCUCGCUCCCAACGUCGACAUCAAGGAACUGGCAGCAGAGACUAAGAACUACAGCGGUGCUGAGCUGGAGGGAUUAGUCAGGGCUGCUCAGUCCACCGCCAUGAACCGACACAUCAAGGCUACAUCUACAGUGGAGGUGGACAUGGAGAGGGCAGAGAAGCUGCAGGUCACCAGAGAUGACUUCAUGGGAUCCCUCAACAAUGACAUCAAACCUGCGUUUGGUACAAACCAGGAGGAUUACUCCAGCUACAUCAUGAACGGCAUUAUCAAAUGGGGUGAUCCAGUCACUCACGUCCUGGACGAUGGAGAGCUGUUGGUGCAGCAGACCAAGAACAGUGAUCGCACACCACUGGUGGCUGUGCUGCUGGAGGGUCCACCUCACAGCGGAAAGACGGCCUUGGCAGCUAAGAUUGCAGAGGACUCGCAGUUCCCCUUCAUUAAGAUCUGCUCUCCAGACAAGAUGAUUGGACACUCAGAGAUCUCCAAGUGCCAGGCAAUCAAAAAGGUCUUUGAUGAUGCCUAUAAGUCUCAGCUCAGCUGUGUGGUGGUGGAUGACAUUGAGCGUCUGCUGGACUACGUCCCCAUCGGUCCCCGUUUCUCCAACCUGGUCCUUCAGGCUCUGCUGGUGCUGCUGAAGAAAGCUCCACCAAAGGGUCGGAAGCUGCUCAUUAUCGGCACCACCAGCAGGAAGGACGUGCUGCAGGAGAUGGAGAUGUUGGACGCCUUCAGCACCACCAUCCACGUCCCCAACAUCUCCACCGGGGAGCAGCUAGUCGACGCUUUAGAGCUGCUGGGGAGCUUCACGGACAAAGAGCGGGCCAGCAUCGCGCAGCAGCUCAAAGGGAAGCGAGUCUGGAUCGGCAUCAAGAAACUCCUUGUGCUCAUCGAGAUGUCACUGCAGAUGGAUCAGGACUACAGAGUGACCAAGUUCCUGUCUCUGCUCAGAGACGAGGGGGCUGAUCGCAGCUUCUAUGAGUAGACGGAACGGAGGAAUGAAGCAACCAUCUCGCCAUCAACAAGCCACCCAUGGGACAAAAUGAGGGAGCGGAGGACAAGAAGAAGAGAUCAUCCGCUUCUCCAUCCACCCAGUGAUCAAUCCGUCUGUCUGUCUAUCUAAAUCUAAUCUAAAUACACCAAUGGUUAAAGAGAGGAAACACAUGUCCUCUUUAUCUCAGCAUGUUUUUCUGUAGGCGAUAUCACGUCUCACCGUCCUCCUACUCAUCAUUAUCCUCAACUUCGCUUCAUAUGGCAGAAAACCACUGGAAGUUGUACUGUUACAAAUCUAUUAUCUGUAAAGAAACUGCAAUAGAUGAUUGUAAAAAAAAUGCUGUUUUGUGCAUCGUGCAAAAAAAUCACAAAAAAAAGCCAUGUAUGUUUUUCUCUAUCGUAUUUACUGUAUUUGUUGCAUAUCCCUGUCCUGCUAAAGAUAGUUAUCGUUAGUGUGAUAUGUAUCCUCACAAACACAAGCCGUAGAACAGUACGAGCAUAAGACUGACUCAAACCCCGAAGCCCUUUGAAUAUUUAAGAUGUGAAACUGUAGCCUUUUCCUCAUAUGAACUCUGGGCAGUGUCUGGAGAAUCAGGUCUAGACAUUGUUCAGAGUCACCCUUUCACAUAUGUAGCAUGCAACCCUAACCCUAACCCUAACCCUGAACCUGGGUAGAAAGUACAGGAGGCAAGACACAAUGCAAAAAGUACCCUUCGUCUUCGCCCUCAGAUGUUUGUAGUCGAUCUGAUUUCGUGCCUGCCGCGUGAUAGAAAGGUCAUCAGCACGCCCACUCACUCACUCACUGUGAAUUCUCCGGACAAUGACCUCCUUUAUUCAUUCAAGUGGGCUUUGUACCAGGGAGCUGGUCGGGUGAAGUCCGUUUAAUGUCCCGUCCAUCUGAUUCGGACAUUUGCAUUCUCACAUGCAGCUCCUCCGGGGUCGCUGUACACAUUGUGAAAGGGACUCAUAUGAGAGGCUUUUAGUGAAUAUGUAGUGGCUAUAAAAAAAAAAGAAGAAAAAAAAGAAGCUGUUCCAUGUGUAAAUGUAAGCCCUUUAAAUAUACAGUAAACUUGUUCAUGUUCUGUACAUAGUAUAUAUAGACAAAAUACAGUAUAUAAUGAGAAUACUUUACAUGAUCAGUCUAUUUCGUACUAUAUCAGUAUGAGUCUUCUUCCCAUAGCGCUCCGGAGUUGUUGAUUUACCAGGUUACUGUAAUAGUGAAAAUGUUGGAUUGUUGGCCUGUCUGUCUGUGACGCGUACAGUACAGUUCAGUCUAGCUAGUGUAGCUAUGGCAUCAUCAGUGUUAAUGAAAAAAAAAAGAUUCUGCACUUUUAACAUCCACUCAAAAGACCUUUAGUACUUAUCUCAAAUUGAGCUUGUGUCCGCUCGUGUGCAUGUGUGGAGGGCUAAAUG